AUGCGCCGGGAGCUGCCGGCCCCGCGGCAGGGAACGGGGUCGGCCCGGCGGCUCCCGCGCAGCCCCGGCAGAGCCGCCCCCGGCACCGCGGGGGUGCCCGGCCCGCCUGGCCCCGGCCCGCUCUGCGGGGGCGUCCUGCCGCCUCCCGGGCCGGCUGCCGGCCCUCUUCUGCCCCGGCCAGCGGGCGGCUCCGGACCGGGCGGGCGGGGCGGGGCAGGAGGGGCGGCCGGGCUGGGGGACGCCGCUCCGGCCAUGCCCGCGGAGGGUCCCCGGCAGCGCGGGCAGAGCUGCCCGUGCCCGGGGGUGCAGACGAAGCUGCCGGUCCUGCGCUGGCUCCCGCGCUAUUCCCUGGCCUGGCUGCAGCUCGACCUGAUCGCCGGCCUGACCGUGGGGCUCACCGUCGUGCCGCAGGCGCUGGCGUACGCCGAGGUGGCCGGGCUGCCGCUCCAGUACGGCCUCUAUUCCUCCUUCAUGGGCUGCUUUGUCUACUGCUUCCUGGGCACCGCCAAGGACGUGACGCUGGGUCCCACAGCCAUCAUGUCGCUGCUUGUCUCCUCUUACGCGUUCCACGAGCCCGUCUAUGCCAUCCUGCUCGCCUUCCUCUCUGGCUGCAUCCAGCUCGCCAUGGGGCUCCUGCACCUCGGCUUCCUUCUGGACUUCAUUUCCUGCCCAGUCAUUAAAGGCUUUACGUCAGCUGCUUCCAUCACCAUUAGCUUCAACCAGGUCAAGAACAUCCUGGGGCUGCAGGGAAUCCCUCGGCAGUUUUUCCUGCAGGUGUAUGAAACGCUACGGAGGAUCGGGGACACCAGGGCCGGGGACGCUGUCCUGGGGCUGGCCUGCCUGGCCGCGCUGGCAGGGCUCCGGGCGAUGAAGAGCCACCUGCCCCAAACUGCCCGUACGGAGUCGCUGGCUGCCAGGGUCAGCUACCUGAUCGUCUGGACCUCUGCCACGGCACGCAACGCCCUCAUAGUCCUGUUUGCUGGGCUGGUUGCUUACUCCUUCCAGGUGAUGGGCUCCCAGCCGUUCAUGCUCACCGGCAGCAUCCCCCAGGGCCUCCCUGCCUUCCGGCUGCCGUGCUUCUCCAUGACUGCACCCAAUGGCACCAUCCCCUUCAGGAGCAUGGUGGAGGACAUGGGGGUCGGGCUGGCCGUGGUCCCGCUCAUGGGCCUGCUGGAGACCGUUGCGAUUGCCAAGGCUUUUGCCUCGCAGAACGAUUACAGGAUUGACCCCAACCAGGAGCUGCUGGCUAUGGGCUUCGCCAACAUCUUGGGCUCCUUCGUCUCAUCGUAUCCCAUCACGGGCAGCUUUGGCCGGACAGCAGUGAACGCACAAUCGGGCGUCUGCACCCCCGCGGGAGGGCUCGUCACAGGCGCCCUGGUCCUGCUCUCGCUGGCGUACCUCACCUCGCUCUUCUACUACAUCCCCAAAGCAGCGCUGGCCGCUGUCAUCAUCUCAGCUGUGGUCCCCAUGUUUGACGCUGGGAUCUUCAGGAUGCUCUGGCGGGUUAAGAGGCUGGACCUUGUACCCCUCUGCGUGACGUUCUUGCUCUGUUUCUGGGAGGUCCAGUACGGCAUCGUGGCCGGGGUGCUGGUCUCAGGGGUUCUCCUGCUCUACUCCAUUGCCAGGCCCCCAAUAAAGGUGUUGGAGGGGGACGUGCUCCUCGUGCAGCCGCAGAGCAGCCUGCACUUCCCAGCCAUCGAGUGCCUCCGGGACACCGUGUGCAACCGCGCCCUGGCAGCAGCAUCUCCACCACGCUUUGUCAUCCUGGACUGUUCUCACAUCAGCAGCAUCGAUUACACGGUGGUGGUGGGGCUGGCAGAGCUGCUGCAGGAGCUGCGCAAGCGUGGCCUCUCGCUGGCCUUCUGCAGCCUGCAGGACCCUGUUCUCCAAGUCCUGCUGUCCGCAGACUUAGAAGGAUUCCAGCAUUUCCCCAGCCGGGAGGAGGCAGAGCGGUGCAGAGGAGCGGAGCCGGGGGGUGGUGGGGCAGCCCCCUUUGCCAGCACCAGCGAGAGCUCACUGCUGCCCGCGGGGCUCAUCCAGUGAGCGGAGGAGCCGCCCGGGACCCACUCAGGGGCAGCGUCUCCUUGGUGUCUCCUUGCUGUCUCCUCUCCUCCAGUCGUGCCGGGGCUGUACGUCCUGUGCCGUGCAGAGCGGUGGCUGUGACAUCCCGGUGACAUCUGACUAACACCCUCCACGGGAGCCGCCUGCCCCUGUCCUGCCUCCUGGGAUGCCUGUCGGGGCUGGGACCGUCCCGUGCCCCACGGCGGGGGCAGAGCAAGGCCAAAGACAGACGGUCUGUGGAAGGGAUUAGUGGGGCAGAACUGUUCCCUAUCACGGUCAUUGGGAAAAAGCCAUCUCUCCUCCAAGCCUUCCUCAUCCUCAAAGCUGCUGUCUUUUUUAAAAUCGGCUGUUUUAACUCUGAAGACUUUUCUUAUUCUGGGUGUGUGAGCCGGCACAGGCAGGACGCAGGACCAAUCACAAAACCAUGGAUGAAAUACAAAGAGUAAAUUUAUUUUCAUUACCUCGCCAACCAGGGGAUCCCCGAAGCAGCACCCAGGCAGAGGCACACAAAUGGGGACGCAGACCAGAGCUCGGUCCAUGCUAGAGUAUCACUAAACCUGCUGUUUUCGCCUGUAUAUCAGGGGUUCACGCAGGCGUAGUUUACCACUGUGCUUUGAUUUUUCCCACAGCAGGGCAGGAAUCUCAGGCACGUUCAGUAGAGUGCCUCUGAGUCUAUCACAGCCCUGCGUUAGCUAAACACAGAUGCUAAACAACAGUUCGUAUGAUACAUGUGGUUCUCGACACCCCAGCUGCAAGUCACUUGAACGUGUUUAUAAUCCUACUCGCCAACCUUCCGUUAUUUUCCCACAUGGGACAUACCUCCCUGGCAGUGUUCAAGGCCAGGUUGGAUGGGGCUUUGGGCAACCUGGGCUAGUGGAGGGUGUCCCUGCCCAUGGCAGGGGUGGCACUGGGUGGGCUGUGGGAUCCCUUCCCACCCAAACUGUUCUGGGAUCCUGUGAUUCUCUACUGAACUCCGAUGCGGAGCAAUGCAGAGUGCACUCUUGUCAAAGCGAGCUUCAAGGACGCUGGCGCUGCCCUCCCUGUCCAAGGGCAUGCUGCACCUCUCAACCUCAGGCUGCUGGGAGAUGAAAAACAUCAGUGAUUUUACUCCUGCCAGGUGCCUGAGGGGAUGGGAACCGUGACACCAGCUUGUGCUUGCCUUGCUGUGAAAUGGGCGCAAAAAGCAAUAGUGCUGUCAGGCAGCGGGGCUGGGGGCUGGGUUCAGGAGAAAGCAGUUUUCCUGAGCUGCCCGUGGCU